AUGUCAGUGACCCUGGUCUUUCUCUUCCAGCUCCUGGAGCAGGAGAAGCACGAGCUGCGGCGGCGUCUGGAGAGUCGUGAGGGCGAGUGGGAAGGCCGGGUGGCCGAACUGGAGACAGAUGUGCAACACCUGCAGGGGGAGCUGGAGAGACAUCAGGUGCAGCUGCGUGAGGCCGACCGCGACAAGAGCCGAGCCAUCAGCGAGCUGUCAGAACAAAACCAUCGACUGCUGCAGCAGCUCAGCAGGGCCGCCGAGGUGGAGAAACAGUUGUCUACUCAGGUUCAUUCUUUACGGGAUGAUUUCAAAGAGAAAAGUCUCUCCACCAACCAGCACAUGACGCGCCUUGAGACCCUACAGGCCGAGAUAACGAUGUUGUCAGAACGUAAGCAGGAACUGGAGCGACGCGUGAACGCCAUGCUGGAGGAGAACCAGCAGCUGCAGCACACGGUGGAAGACCUGAGAGAGCGAACGCUGGUGCUGGAGAAACAGUGUCAUGAGAAGGACUUACAGCUGCGCCAGAGUCAGCUCGAGCUGCAGGAAGUGCGUGUGUCUCACCGGCAGCUGAGCGCUCGUCUGGAGGAGCUGACGGAGGAACACAGUCUACAGGGCUUCAGUCCGAACCCACACAGCCUCCUCUGUGAGAUCGAGCAGAGCAUGGAGCAGGAGGAGCUGGAGCAGGAGAGAGAGCAGCUCCGGCUGCAGCUGUGGGAGGCUUACUGUCAGGUGCGCUCCAUCUGCUCGCAGCUGAGAGGAAAUGACAUCACAGACUCCGCCUUAUCCACAGACUCUUCCAUGGACGAGUCUUCGGAGACGCUGUCGGCUAAAGACGUCCCCACGGGGAGUUUGCACGCUAAUCUUCUGGAGCUGCGCAGACUCACGCAAAACCUGCUGGACGGCAACGAAUCUACGAGUUCACGGCGCAGUGAGGAGGAGGUUCUGGAGGAGCAGGUGCGUAAAUUGAGCGAGGAGCUGCGAGAGCUUAGAGAACUGUACGAACAGGAGCAGGAAAAAACAUGCAACAGCCAGGAGGAGGUGCUACAGCUCCAUAACCAGGUGGCGUUGCUCUCAGUGGAAGUUUCUUCUUCAAGAGAGGAAAAUGAGCACUUGAAAGCGAUGGCAGAAGUACACGAGCCCAACGAACAGUUACAGAGCGCUAUACGAGACAGAGAUGAAGCCAUUGCUAAGAAGAAAGCCGUGGAGAUGGAGCUGGCGAAGUGUAAGAUAGACAUCAUGUCUUUGAACAGUCAGCUGUUGGAUGCGAUACAGCAGAAACUCAACCUGUCUCAGCAGUUAGAAGCCUGGCAGGAUGAUAUGCACAGAGUUAUCGAUCAACAACUGAUGGAUAAACACCAGGAGGAGUGGAAGGAUCCUCCGUACUCCUUCAGCGGGUCACGAGGAGGAGCUCCAUCCAGACGAGCACAUCGCCUCUCGGACGGAGACAAGCGCCUCUUUUCAUUCUUCAAGAAGAACUGAGAUUAUCUGAAGACAUGGAGGAAGAGAGUGUGAGAACAGACGUGAGAGAAGGGUACAACAAACGACAGAAAGAAAGUCAAAAUCACCAGAUCAGUGGUUCUCAACUGGUUUUGCUCAUCAAAAA